UGCAGCGCACUGGCCCUUCAGGGCAAGAUUUGAGGAACCCUGCGCUAGAUGAUGGGUAACAGUCAGUGCAUGUGUUCACUGAGGAUGUAACAGCAUAUGCUCAACAGGUGUAAUCUGCUUUAAUCUGGACUUCUUACUGACCAUGUAGAUUUGGAAGAUAGGGACUUAAUGAAAGCGAAAAACAGACCUGCUGUUGCUCUUUUAAUUAUUUUUAUAAGUUUUACAUUAAAUGAAGUCUUCUACUUGUCUUUAAAGUCAUUGUAUCACGUGGAAAGAGAUUCUAUUUAGAUUCGAUUAUUGGAUUGGGGGUUGCAGAUUACCAACCCGCAACUUCAGUACACUGUGAAGAGAAGCUACUGGAGUCAACAGUCUAGCUUUUACAUGUAUCGGGGACAUCGAUAAUCUGGUGUUCACCAUGUUCACCAGCUUUGUGGAUGGAAUAUUCUGUUGCUUUACAGGGAAGUCUACUAACGUUGUGGUACCUAUUGAGUCCUCUGAGCCCACCGAUGGUUUUGAAUUUGUUGAGGUAAAGCCAGGAAGGGUUCUGAGAGUUCGACAUAUUAUCCCAGACAGACCAGUGGUUGAGGAGCCAGGGACUGGGGAAGGGGGUACGGUCAGCUGCAAGCGCAAAAUCUCGGUGUACCGAAAUGGACAGCUUCUGAUUGAGAAUGUCAAUGAAGCCACCCAUCCAGAGUUGGUCCGCUAUCAGAAUGGAGACAGCACUGUGGAUACGGAUGUGUCCAACUGUGAGGCUCCCACCGCAGGCCAGGCUGCUGAGCCCACACCGGGGUCGGGGGCCGCAGGACCGGCUACAGAUACCAAACCUGCACCGCAGCAAGUGCAGCGCAGACGGCGCAAACCCAAACGCUCCAUUGUGAUUGACUGUGAGCGGAAGAUCACAUGCUGCAAAGGUACUCACCCCGACGUGGCCUUGUUUUUCAUACAUGGAGUCGGGGGGUCGUUGGAUAUCUGGGGAAGCCAACUGGACUAUUUCUCCCAACUUGGUUAUGAGGUCAUUGCCCCGGACCUGGCCGGCCAUGGUGCAAGUUCAGCUCCUCAGAUUCCCGCUGCCUAUACCUUUUAUGCUCUGGCUGAGGAUGUUAGAAUCAUCUUCAAGCGAUAUGCAAAGAGGCGGAAUAUUUUAGUAGGACACUCUUAUGGUGUCUCGUUUUGUACCUUCCUGGCUCAUGAGUAUCCGGAACAAGUUCAUAAAGUUGUGAUGAUUAACGGUGGAGGUCCCACAGCACUCGAGCCAAGUCUCUGCUCUGUCUUCAAUUUGCCCACAUGUGUCCUUAAUUUCCUGUCUCCGUGCCUCACCUGGAGCUUUCUCAUGGCUGGAUUUGCCCAUCAGGGAACGAGAGAAAAGAAACUACUAAAAGAGAACAAUGCCUUCAACGUGUCUUCCUUCGUUCUGCGGUCCAUGAUGAGUGGACAGUACUGGCCGGAGGGCGAUGAGGUUUACCAUGCUGAAAUCACAGUGCCUGUUCUGCUGGUUCAUGGCAUGUACGAUAAGUUUGUACCAGUUCUAGAGGACCAACGUAUGGCAGAGAUCCUCUUGCUGGGGUUCCUGAAGAUCAUUGAUGACGGAAGUCACAUGGUCAUGAUGGAGUGCCCUGAUGUGGUUAAUACUCUCUUACACGAAUUCUUCCUGUGGCAGCCAGCAACUGCCUCAAAACCCAAACAGGAAUCAGCCCCCACUAAGACCACCAACACCAAACCUCCAGAGGACACAACGAGACCAAAAACCGCCCCAAAGUCACCAUCCAAAUCUCAGCCAGACUUGAUAAGACCAACAACUGCACCAAAAAGCAUCAAUACUGGUACAGAGACUCCAGUGGACAUCAGAUCUAAAGGCAUGAAAUAGCUGGUUUACUAAUAAACAAGUGAUGGUAUACACCUAAAGCUGUUAAAUUUGCUCUACUCUUCCAUGCGGGCCAAAUUUAAUGGAACUGUUUGAAUGUAGGAUGUCAUUAGAUAUUUACCAGUUGAUGUUUGACCACAGCAAACAGACUGAAGGAACAGCUCAGAAGAAUGUUUGUCCCAGAGCAGAGUGGGUUUUUACCAACUUUUGAGUAAUAUUCCUAGAGGGUGU